UGUGCAUUGUCACUAGUGUCAUUAUUUAAAAAUCAUUUAUCAUCAUAUUUCAUCAACUAAAAUUAAAGCAUCUAAAUUAGUUAUCCAAAGAUUAAUUAUAAUUUGUAUCAAAUAUUUUUAUGAUAAAUCAGCACUUUUCUGAAGACAUACAUUCAUUUAAUUAUAAUGUGAAAUAUUUAGAAUAUUAAUUCGUAUCGUAAAUUGUAUAGAUUUUCAUAGUACCACUAUGUCCGAAUCGAAUAAUCCAUUCGCUGGUCUUCUUGGAGUAUCAGGCGUUAAUCGAACUAAUAAUGAUGACAAUUCAGAAGGCACAGCACAGUUACAAGCGUCGUCAAGGAAAUCGCAAGAAGACGAAGAAAAUGUGAUAAUAAACAGUAUAGUAGAAAGUGUUUUUCACUUUACGAUCAAUGCUAAUGCUAUUGAUGGAUAUCCUUCAACAGACAAGCAAUUAGUGUACCUAGAAGAACUAGCUGAAGCUACAAAACCUCGCAUAUAUAUAGAUUUAGAAGCGCUAGAACAAGCCCUUUUUGAAAGAUUGCUUCUACAAGAUAUUGAGGCAUAUGUCAUACCCAAAACAAAUAAAGCAUUUAGAGAACAUGUAAUUCAAAAACAUGUAUUUCCAUAUUUAUUUAGUUCAUAUCAAAACUUACAGACUUAUGAUCAUAGCUUAUCAGAUGUUGUCAAAAAAGCUUUGCAAAGGAUGAAAGAACUAAUAUUUAGGAAUGCAGUAACAGCACUAAAACAACCAGCACUGUUUGAAGGACAAGAUUUUUCAAUACAACUGUUGGAACUCUUGCAACAUGUUGAUCCACAAAGCCAAACAUUUUUUUUAGAUGUAGUUAAAUCUUUUAUUGCAGAUGGAGAUGGUGAGACCCAAGAGCAACUUCGUAAUACUAUGAUACCUGUAUUACAAAGAAUACAUACAGAUAUCAACAAAUCUCACAUAAUCAGCCUGCCCAUAUACAUUUUACCAGCAAUACACCUGUUUGCAAGUAACUCAAAUUUAGCAUCUAUUUUAAUGGAAGUAUGUGAACCUAAAAUUGAAACAAAUGGCAGACUUUACCAAGAUUCAGUUAUUGGUAGUUUGCUCAGUCUUUCUGCCCUGCCAAAGACACCAACAACCCAGCAUGAGUUUUUUGAUAAUCCAUUAGAUCAGGCUGCAACAUCGUUAAUUGAAACAUCUAUCUGUAAUGCAUCUUGUCAUCUCGUAAAUAAUAUGCACAAAAUAUUCUUAACUUUACUAAAAGGUGGGCCUCACAUGAGGAACCGUUUGUUGACAUGGAUAGGAAAAUGUUUGAAGUCAAAUGUCGCUAGAGGAAAACUAUGGAAUGUCCAGGCUAAUGAAUUAAAUCAAUCAUUGACCUGUGUGUCAGAUGGCUUCAUGUUAAACUUAGGUGCAGUGUUACUACAGUUAUGUCAACCUUUUUGUACAUCACCAGAAGAUCCUAAAUCUCUUAAAAUUGACCCAACAUAUGGAGCAGUACUUCCAGCAGAAAGUGCAGCUAAAUCAGUUCAUUUAGACUGCCUUCAUAAUGAAACAUGUUUAUUGCCUGCAAGAGAGGGUGCUGAUGGCCAAACAGUCAAAAGACCAACUGCAGACACAUAUAACUUUGUAACUGAGUGCUUUUUUAUGACUCAAAAGUGUAUUGACUUGGGUGUGCGAGUGUGUGCAGAGAAGCUGUACCGCUGCGGGCAAGAUUUAGGUCGUGCACAGCGUGCGAUUACCGAUGUGGCUGCCAGCGCUCAUCAUCUGCUAGAACCAAUGCGGCAGCGUGUCCAAAGGCUUAUGAGCAAAUUCGUGAGCCUCCGUUGUGCACUUCUAGAAAACGACAUGUUGGCGAACCUGAACCGCCUUCAAGCUAUGACAUGUACGUGGUUGGUACAAGUGGCGGUGCGCCCGGACGCCCCCAACCCACUGCCUUCAUAUGCACCCAAUGAAUUUUUGCCCCUAAAUAUGCCUGUGACUACACCGCCGCCGGAUAACUUGAGAUGUGUUCCAGAAUUUGUUUUAGAAAAUAUUGUGGUGCUGAUAACAAUGGCACGGCGGACCGUGGGUGCAAUAACUGAAGACGCGGAUAUUGCAGAUCUCUUGCGUCCUGCUCUAUCGCUCGUUCUUACUUUUAUGGGUGACUCUAGUCGAACAUAUAAUCCACAUCUGAGAGCGCGAUUAGCCGAGUGCCUUGAAGCAAUGUUACCAAACCAUCCCGAUGACCAACAACCGCUCAGUAGUUUAGCCUCUUUCUCCAGAGAACAGUUAUUUAAGGAACAUCCCCAUCGAUUACAACUCGUUCCUUGUCUACUGGAUGUAUUCGUCGGCAUUGAAAUGACGGGACAGAGUGUGCAAUUUGAACAAAAAUUCAACUAUCGUCGCCCUAUGUACCUGGUCAUGGACUUUUUAUGGGGUUUAGAAGAACAUAGAGAAGCCUUCACACGACUUGCACGAGAGGCAGAGGCUAAUAUGGAAGCUGUGCACCCACCGAUAUUUUUACGUUUUGUUAACCUUCUAAUGAAUGACGCCAUAUUCCUUUUGGACGAAGCACUCGGCAACAUGGCCCAAAUACGCACCAUGCAAACAGCUCAAGAGACUGGUGCUUGGGCGAACUUACCAAUGCAGGAGCGAGAGCAAAACUUAAGCAAUUUAUCCCACAUAGGCAUGUUGGCGCGUUUCGACAACAUACUAGGACGCGACACUAUUCGCACGCUAGUGCGUUUAUCGGCACAUGCGCCUUAUGUAUUCUGCCAUCCGACGCUAGUGGAACGCAUCGCCUCAAUGCUCAAUUAUUUCCUAUUACAUCUAGUUGGUCCCAAUAAGAAAAACUUUAAGGUAAAAGACAUGAAAGAGUUUGAAUUCGACCCGGCGAGCACUGUACUGGACAUCUGCCGCAUGUAUGUCGAAUUAGGCAGCAACGAGCGAUUCUGUGCGGCAGUCUCCGAUGACGGACGUUCCUACUCACCCCAGCUGUUCACCUUAGCCGAGGCAGUAUUAGUCCGCAUCGGAGGAGGUAGUUUGAUUGGGUCACUACAAGAGGUGGCGUCCCGUGUGAGCAAUCUAGCUGAACAACGCCAGAGAGAUGAAGAAAUCCUAGCCAACGCGCCUGAUGAAUUCCUUGAUCCCAUCAUGAGCACCAUCAUGCUAGACCCCGUCAUAUUGCCCAGCUCACGAACCACCGUUGAUCGUACUACUAUUGCUAGACAUCUCUUAAGCGACCAAUCAGACCCAUUCAAUCGUUCGCCUCUGUCAAUGGACCAAGUUAAGUCCAACACCGAGUUAAAGGAAAAGAUCCAAGCAUGGAUUGCGGAAAAAAAGCAAAAAAUUGCUCAAUAAGACAAGUAAUGAUUAACAUAUUGAUAUGAAUUAUUAAUCUAUGUAAUUUUAAAGACUUUUGUAUAGCAGACAGCUAGCUUAUUAUAAUUAGUGACUAGAUUUAUCAAGGACCUUAGACCUUACAAACGGACUUUUUAAUCAAUGUUAGUACAGGAUAGUUUUUAAAUAAGUGAUAUUUGUCGCACCACAUAACCAGAUAUAGUCGUCUUAAUAUUUGAUAACAUUUAUACUCAUGUUUGAGAUGAGAACAAUGGCAAGUAUUAUGGGACCAGAACUUUUUUAUUUUAAGAUACCAUGUUAAAUUCCUUUUCCUUUAAAUGCAUUUGAAUAAAAAGAUAAUACUAAUUUUAUCAAGUAAUUUUAUAAUGAUGGAGAUUUCUUUUAAAAAUUUGAGGCAUAAAUAAUGAAUUUAAAAACUUCUGUUCUUGAAAUAGUAACAAAA